UGAUAAGCAAAUGCCUUUUGGCCUGCAACGACAUUGGAUAAUAUCGCACUCGAAUUCCACGGAUUCCUUGAAUUCCAGGGAUCCUACGAGAGGCGCCAGCUCAACUGGACUGUAAGCGGGUCCGAAUCACACAGCUGCCAUGGCCAUCCAGACUACCCGGCGGCGCGCAACGCCACUUCUACUUUUCAUCCUAAACCCCCUGUUUGUUCUCCUGCUCGCUUUGGGAGCCGCCUGCAGCGAGAAGGUGCUACAGGAGGCCGCUUUUAUUGGUCUGCAGGAACCAGCAGCCUCCCGCGAGCUGGGGGAACUGCUCCAGGACUUGCGCCUGAUGCCGCCGCGCCUGGACUUUGGAACCUGGUCGGUGGGCCAAGCCCGAUCUCAAACCGUGACGCUGUUCAACCAGCAUGCAAACCGAACGCUGCAGAUUAAUGCCGUGGUCGGACCAAAUCCUGCAUUCUAUAGCAGUUUUCCGGGCACGCGGGAGGUGGCGCCCAAGGGAAACACAACGUUUACCGUCGUCUUCCUGCCGCGACAGCUGGGUGCCAUUGCCGGCGACCUUCACGUCCACACAUCCUUCGGUCAAGCCGAACUGGCGGUGCAGGGCGAGGGCAGCGAGUGCCCCUACCGCCUCAAGCCACUGGUGGGGAUCAAAGCGCCUAUGAACUCCACGCUAACGCCAGAGAUUCAUAUGUACAAUCCGCACGAGAGGCCGCUCCAGAUCCUGGAAAUUUACAGCAGCGGCGGCGAAUUCCAGUUGGAGUUGCCAAGCGGGGGCUCUGAAGGCCCACAAAAUCUCUGGGAGAUUCCUCCGUACACAAUGAAGCCGGUUAUCCGGAUCUCAUUCCACGGGCGCACCGCAGGAAAUCACAGCGCCUAUAUCCGCAUCAAGAUCGCCGAACAGGAAUUAGACUUGGGGCAAGAGAACGUCCUAGUGAUUCCCGUGGAGUUCGAGAUCUUGCCUCGCCACUCUGUCUACGCUAGGAAUCCCCUGGCCGACCUCGGGCGAAUCGCGAAGCUAAACACUCCGAACGUCCUGCGCUAUAAGCUGGAUAUAGUCAACGAUCAGAACCACACGCUCUUUGGCAGCUAUCUGCGCCAGGUGGCCGGGCUGAUGUUCAAUGCCAGCAGCUCGACCAUCGAACUGGAUCCGCAGUUAUUCGAAAGCAGCGACUCCGUCAACGAUAUACUCGUGGUUGGAGCUCAGGACGUCGAAGACCAGUCCUUCACUGUCGUUGUGAGGGCGGAGAUCUUUCAGGGCGGCUUGUCCUACGACGGCAAUGUAACCAGGUUUCUGACCAGCUUACCGGAUGGCGAGGAGGGGCCGACGCUGGAAACCAACCGCUCCCUCGUGGUGACAAACCAGUUUCUGCUGCCGCUCAUCCUGUUCAACAUAAGUUUCAGCAAACCCAUCGAUGGAUCCAUUCUGGAGGUACUCCAGGCCGUUGAGCCCCCACUGCUACUUAAGCCAGGAGACUCCCUCGAGCUGCUCCGACUGAACCUGCUGAACAGCCAGGUGGGAUUCGAAUCGUUCAUCAGAAUACACACGAACGUUACCACGAUCGAGCUGCCAUUGGUCUCCUGCACCGGCCGCCUGCACGUGAGCACUCAGCCAUUUGUCCUCAAGAUACCGCCGGACAAUAAGGAGGCGCCGUACAACACGGACUUGGAUCUGGGCACUGUGCCAUUUGCCGAAAUGUCGCGGUACGGAUAUGUGGUCUUGCGCAACGACAACCCAGUACCGGUGAAGAUCAACAACUGGUACUUCAAGCAGCCGAAAAUGGUGUAUUCGACAGGCGUCUUUCUAGGCUGCCUAUCUCCGGAAGAUCACUUCACCGAAGAUUUAAGUAGUGGCCGGAACGAGAGCAGCCGCUGGCUGCACACGUGCUCGGAGCUGAGUCCGGGCUCCAGUGUCGUCAUUAAGGUGGCUGUUCAAACAUACGACGCGGAUCCCAGCUCCGGAACGCUCAAAGUUUGGACGCCUUACGAGGUGGUUCGUGUGCGCGUUCGGUUUGCAGCUUCGGUGGGCCAACUGGAGAUCGAGCAGGAGCACCUUGGCUUUAAGAGCUGCUUUCCGGGCAGGAUUUGCACGGGAUUGCUGAGCAUACGCUCUACCUUCACGCACCCAGUGCACGUCACCAGUGUCUCCUUCGCCCAGUCUGCCGGCCUGCGCUUCAAGGACUUCAACGCCAAAGGAACCACAAUAGCCCCGCAGACUCUCACUAAAGUGGGGCGCAUCUACUUCGAGGCAGCGGCUAUGUGCCGGAAUCAGUGCUACAUCAGAGAGUCCACGAACGAGCAGGCAGUCUUUCCCGGAGUGCCAGGCGGCUCGGAGGCCAUCGUGGCCGAGAGCAUCAACAAUAAUCUGCUAUACGACGGAGUAGAGCUGCGCCAGCGCACAGAGCUCUUCCGGCAGCUGCGCCGCCAGUUGGCUGCCAUGUCUUUAACUCUUCAUACCGAAGAGUUGCCUCCGUUGGAGCUGGACUUUUCUAUCACCAUCGAGUGGCCCAAGCUGGUGCAGUUCCAGCCCAUUCCCCCCACGCCCGCUAUCGAGGUGGGCCAGGUGCAGCGCCAGUGGAUCACGCUGACGAAUCCCGCACAGCACCCCAUCUUGAUCGACUACUUCCUGUCGGAUCCGGCCUUCGCCCGACGCACACAACUGUCACUGCCGCACGAGGUGAUCGAUGUGAGCUCCACCACGUGCUACCUUACGGACAAAAACGUCUUUUCCUUGCCUGAGCCGGGAGCUCCGAUCCUUCUUCAAGGCGGGGCAUCCUUGACCAUACCCAUAACCUUCACGGCCCAGGUGGCGGAGAAGUACUGCACGCUGCUGCACGUGAGGAGCAACCUGACCCUGUACGAAGCUGUGUGGUUGCAGGCCAAGGCAGUGCAGUCCCAGUUUCGCUUUGGAAACCGUCGUCCUGGCUCUACCACACCCCUGCUCUUCGAACUAGGCACGGAUCAGUUUAGGGGCUGUGAAGGUGCCGGAAGAGCUGGCACAGUGGUGGCCACCCGCAGCUUUACGGCAAGAAACUCCGGGGUGAUUCCCAUGAGGAUCGAGGGAUUCUUGAUUGGAAACCUUCCCUGCGAAGACUUCGGGUUCAAGGUCAUGGACUGCGAGGGCUUCGAUCUGGGCGAGAACGACACCAAGAAGGUGGAAAUCUCCUUCAGCUCCGACUUUACUGCCUCGCGAGUGAAGCGCUCCAUAACCCUGCUGACGAACCUCACGUACGACAUCAGCUAUCUACUUCUGGUGCAGAUGCCGGCCGAAAGCGUGGAACUGUGUGCCUCCCAGCUGGCGAGGCCCCGAUGGGAGUCCUCCCUGAAAAACGCCGCUCUCGUAGUGCUUCUGGCCAGCUUCGGCCUGGUCCUGGUGGCGGCCGUGUUUGAUGCCAAGGCCAUACUGACACAGCAAAGUGCCUACGACGCAGCCAGGCACAAGGGUCCUGUCCAGCCCACAUUCAAUCUAAGGAACAUAGUGAAGCAGCAGGUCGAGGAGGCGGCGGAGAAGACGACGGAUCCCGUGCACCAUCACAAGGUCAAAAAUGGCCAGCUUAAGGAGCUUCGAAAGCGGAAUGGAGUUCCGACGGCGCCCUCGAAAAAGGCAAAGUCGUCGUGGUCGCCCUGGAACAUGGACGUGAACUCGAUAAGCAGGCACUUGCAGAAAACGAAGCCAAAGCCCUCUACUCCACCUAGCACCCAGCCAGAGGUGAGAUCCGGUAAGAAAUCCUCGACCCCCUCACCGCAAGCGGCACCAGCUACAGUAUCGGCUUUUGUGCGUCCGCAAAAGAAGGUCAAACCGACUUCUGUUGUGCCGCCAGUAGUACAGCCAGUGACACCCAAGCCCAAACCAGAACCUCCACUCCCCGUUGUAGAGGCUAAGCCAAGUCCUCCGCAGCGCGACAACACAUCACCAAAGCCAGCGAUUAAGUCCAUAGAGCCGCAGCCGCGGGUACUCAAGGAGCAGAAUGGUUCGGCAAAGAAAGUGGGAAAGACCCCGGGAAGGGAAAGGGAGCGGGAGCGGCGUAAGGAACAAAAGCUAAUGAAUGGCACCGGGGGAGCUAAGAAGCCCGAAAAGAAACAGCGCCAGAAGUUAAACUUUUACCAGACCACUGCUUCGAGCGCUUCUCCGCCAGCGUCGCCGAAUGACAUAAAGUUCAUCACCUCGGUAUGGGAAACCAGCAGUUCCGUGUCCUUUAGUCCGUUAGAGUCCUUUAGCGAUGUGCUCCAAAAAAAACAGUUUUCCGCCUCAAAUAACGGCAUGAACUGGAGCCAGCCCGUAUCUUCCAGUGAUCUCGGCCCGAUCGGGGAUAGUAGAAAGACUGCAACACCGCCGGCGACCGCAUCUAUGUGGGAGCCUCUUUCCGCGACGGCCAGUAAUUCGGUGUUCGCCAACGGAGAGGUGGACCUGCCCAAAGGAGACGCUUUAUACGAACACCGACAGCGGCAGCAGUGGGAACGCAGUAGGCUCGUAAUGGAACAGCAGAUGCUCCUCCAGCAGGACCAGCAGUUGGAGCUGCAGCCACAGGAGCUGGUUGCCAAUAUAGAGACAAAUAGCUGGGCCAGUCCCUGGUCGCCGCUAGGCUAUGCUGCCUGGCCGGAGGCUACACCAAACAUGGGUGUAAUGCGUCCUCCGCCGGGCCUGGAGGCCAGACCUCUGUUGACAACGCAGCACAACCUCGCACAAGAUGAAGAGACAGAUCCCAGGUUCAGCGCUGUGAGACAAGAGAGCUUGCCCACGCAGUACGAUCCCUUCACCUCGCCCAGCUCCAUCUGGUCAGACACCUGGCGACAGUCGUCAAAGCGUAACAACCACAUUGAUUGAAGGGAGGGAGGAGGAUGGGGACAAGCUCACUGAUCAAACUGAAUCAACCAAAUGAAAUUCUUAGCACUUAGGCACCUAGGAUACGCGACAAGGAAGGAUACGAACGCAGAAUGAUCUUUUUCACUUCGACUUUUUGACUAAUAAAACGCAAAGCUAAAUGACUUUUA